AUGGCUCAGCAAACACUUCUUGGUAAAGAGCACGAUUGCUAUUUCGCCUCAGAUCCUCGUGUCAACCCCGAGUUAGCAACCUCAUUGAAAAACAAGAAUGUCGUCAUUGCCGGCGCAGGUCGUGGGAUAGGUCGAGCAUGCGCACUAUUUAUUACGCAUGCCUCUGCCAGAUCGCUCAGCCUCAUGGCUUUGGAAUUGGACGAGGUCAAAGAAACGGCGGAGUUGUGCCGAAAGAUUAACCCUCAAAUCUUGAUCAAGGUAGCGGCGUUCAAUGUUACCGACUAUCAUUCCGUUGACAAUUUCGUCCGAGAAGCGGACGCCGAGUUCAAUGGCCUGGACGUCCUUCUGAUGAACGCUGGAAGACCUCCUCAGUGGCUCUCGACUGGGGAAAGCGACCCGUCUAUCUGGUGGGAUACUGUGGCAGUAUCGCUACAGGGCGGAUUCAACUUUAGCCGCGCUAUCUUACCAAUCAUGCAACGGCAAAAGGGAGGACGUAUUAUCUUCACUUCCAGCUCAGGCGCUCACGCCAAUUUUGGAAUGGGUAGUUACAUCGUUGGCAAACUAGGCCUCGUCCGUCUCUGUGAGAUCAUUCAUCACGAGAAUUUCAAGGACUACAACAUCAAAUGCUUUGCUUUUAACCCUGGCUGUGUACGAACCAGGUUCUUCACAGACUUUCAGGAUCGGGUUGAAGGCAGAUCCCGGGAUAACAGUUACUUGUCUCAGGGUGUCGAAAAUGAGGAUAAGUCUGCUCAGACCGCAGUUAAUAUCCUGGAGAAUGCUAUUCCUGAUACUCCAGAGUUAUCUGCUGGACUUGUGACGGUGAUUGCAAGUGGAAAGCUUGACUUUAUGUCGGGACGGUAUCUCGACGCUGCUAGGCACAUUGAGGACUACCAGAAAGAAGAAGAGAGUAUUGCGAACAAUGACUUACAUCGAGUUCGUCUUCAUGCUGGCUCGGGGCUGUUUAUUCCUCAUCUUCACUUCUAA